GUCGUGGCAACAGACCAUGGCAAGAAUUUUCCUGAGGGUGUGGCCUGAAUUUGCAAACAAGGUGAGGCUGGCCCACCCACUUGCAUUCGCACACUAAGUCUGUGGCACUGCGCACCUCAGUUGCCACUUGUCUACUUCAACACAGAAGAUGAAUCUAUCUGACGCUCUUGAUGAUAGCUCCUCCUCCGGGGCCGGCAGCCAAUCAGUAGGAAGCGGGGCUUGCCACCAACAGCCCAACCAGUCUCAGUGGCCUGGUGGGUCCACCAACCUCACCUGGGGUGGAGGGGCAAGUUUGUGGCCUGGACAGCAGCCCUCAGCCGGUGGCCAAAGCGGACCUCAAUGGCCUGGACAGCAGCCCUCAGCUGGUGGCCAAGGUGGACCUCAGAGGCCUGGACAGCAGCCCUCAGCCGGUGGCCAAAGCGGGCCUCAAUGGCCUGGACAGCAGCCCUCAGCUGGUGGCCAAGGUGGACCUCAGUGGCCUGGACAGCAGCCCUCAGCCGGUGGCCAAAGCGGACCUCAAUGGCCUGGACAGCAGCCCUCAGCCGGAAGCCAAGGCGGACCUCAGUGGCCUGGACACCAGCCUGUACCUGGUGGCCAAGGUGGAUCUCAGUGGCCUGGACAGCAGCCUGUACCUGGUGGCCAAGGCGGAUCUCAGUGGCCUGGACAACAGCCUGUACCUGGCGGAGGAGGAGCUCAGUGGCCAACCCCCUCACCAGGGGCCGGGAACUGGCCCGCACCAUCGCCCGGAAUAGAAGCCUUGGGUUCUCUGAAGGUCCCGUACAACCAAAAGCUUCCCAACGGACUGAGAAGUGGAAGCAUUAUUCACAUCAAAGGAAAUAUCAAUUCCAAUGCUGAUAGGGUGACGGUGGACCUGUCCACCGACAGGGAUCUGAUGUUCCACUUCAAUCCCCGCUUUAACGAGCGCGGCAGGAAGGUGAUCGUCAGGAACAGCAGAAUUGGUGGCAGGUGGGGCAACGAGGAGAGGAACCUGUCGCGCUUCCCCUUCGCAGCCGGCCAGCCCUUUGAGAUGAAGAUCGAGUGCACAUCGAGCAUGUUCAAGGUCUCUGUUCAAGGCUCCCACUUGUUGGAAUUCAAACUCCGCGGUGGAAACCCGAGUCAGAUCCGAAGUUUGGACAUCUAUAACGACUUGUCGCUAUCGCAUGUUAGCAUCCAGUGACCUCUCACUUGACAGCCUCUGAACGCAGGCGUCUCCUUGAGUCUGACAAUUAAAGUAAACUUCGACACCG